AACAAUAACAAAUAGCUGAAACUUACGUUUCCGUAAAUUUUCUAUUCUAUAGAAUUCAUGACAUGUUCAACUACUCAAUACUGAGGUUUUUCAUUUCGCAAGUGAAUUUUUGAUAACAAAGUGAUGGAUUUUCGUCUUGAGUGGGUCAAAUCAAAGAUUCUAAAAUAUUUUGGUCUGAAAUCUGAAAAAUAUUUCAAUGAUAUGCUAUCCAACGUCGACGACCUGGAAGAUCAAAUAUACUCGUUUUUGGAUGAUGAUAUCGUGGCCCAAGAUGAAAGCCAGAGAAGGUUUUUCUAUGUUUAUAAAGAAUCCUUUGAAACUCUCAUAGAAGAGGAAAUUUUAGUGCCUGAAAUAGUGAGAAAACCAAAACCACCUGUAGUUGAACCAAUACCUCCACCUGAACCACCAAAAGGAAAAAAAGGAAAAGGAAAGGAAAAGAAAGGAAAAGACAAAAAAAUAUCACAGGAGGAGAUAAAUGGGGAGCAAUCUCCAAAAACAGUAAUAGAUGCAGAAACUGGAGAAUCAAUUCAAAAAUUAGUUUCUGAAGGAGAAUUUGAAGAUGAAGAAGAAGAUAUCUUGUCAGUUGAAUGGGAAGAAGAAGUUGUAAUGGUUACUAAAACGAUCACGAAGACUUCCCAAGACUAUACGUUGCAUGCAAAUUUCGGCCUUGUGUUAGAAGCUCUCCAACCACAUUGUGACAAACGUUUUGUAUAUUUUUAUCGAAAAACUGAAGAAGGCAUAGCUACUUUUGACUUCGCCGAAGACGCAGAAGCAGAGAUGUCGUACUUGUUCAUUGUCGGUUCGUGCGAUGGAAGUUUUUUAGUCGAUGCCAAUAAUGUUAUUGAACAUGUUUUUCAACCUCUUUUUCGAGGUUACUUCCAAGAACCAGUGGUCAAACGAGCUAUACCUCAACGAGAAGAGGAACAAGCGGAAACUUUUAGGGUGUCUAUCAGUUCCGUAGAGGCUGCAGAUUUGAAGAGGCCAUCUGAUUACAGGAGAAUGUCAUUAUCAGUCAAAAAAGCUAGAGAGAGAAAUGAGCUUAAAAGUAUUGUGGUUGGCCAUGAAGCGGCCUCUAGACAUAAAAGAGAUGAGGAAAAAAUGAGUAAUACUCCAAUUAAAGACGACUUGAUUUCAGAAGUUACAAUUUUCGGGGAAAAUUUGAACUGGGCUAUGGAGCAUAUUGAGGAUGAAAUUGACUUGCCGAUGAGUCAUUUUCCAGAAAUCUUAUACAGUGACAAAUCUGACGAAGAGAUUUUAAACGAACCAGAUAUUGUUGAGUCUCUAGAAGGUGUGGUUAUGGAAUGGGAGAGACAUAUACUUAAGGUUAUAGAAAGUUUGGAAAACAAGAAGCCAGAUGGGUUUGGUCCAAUUGCCGAAUACACUUACUGGCAUGAAAGAGAAGCAGCUCUUAGCGCUAUGGUGGAACAGCUGAAGAAACCAACAUUCCUGAAAGUGUCUAAAUUACUGGAAAAGACGAAAUCUCCUAUCAUAGAUGCGUUUGUUCAUUACCAGUUAGACUUGAAGAAGAACUAUAUACAAGCCAGAGAUAACGUCAAAUUUUUGUACACGAUUCUGCGAUAUCUGAAUAUUGUUACCAACUGCGAUGAUUUUGCUACAGUAAAGGGUAUACUGAUGGAACUAAUGGAUGGUCUACAAUUGAUUUGGGUAUUAUCAAGGUACUACUGUACAGAUGAAAAAAUGGUUCCACUCAUGGAGAGAAUUGUCUAUUGUCUCAAAGAAAAAGUUAGGAAAGCUCUCAAUCCAGAAUUUUUAUUUAGGAACCCUAUAUCAGAAAUAAAAACUCAAACAGAAACUGCAAAGGAUAUGCUUGAAAUGUGGAAAACCGCGUAUUUAACCAUCAGGCAAAAAAUAGAAGAUUCUGGUAAAGGACAACGAUGGGAAUUCGAUAAAAUAAGAUUAUUUUCUGAAUCAAACUACAUGGCCAAAGUAUGCGGUGACUUGAGGGAUGUAGCAAUGGCUAUGUUCCACUUCUACAAUAUAUUUGGUCCAGAGCUUCGAUCGAUAGUGAUAGAUCCACAGAGAAUAGACAGUGUUUCUAAAAGAGUGGAGAGAUUAGUGAUACAAAUCGAAAAUACAGAUUUUGACAUUUUCAAGGAGAGUUCCAAGGAGAACUGGGAUCAAGUAAUGGAUAAUUUCUAUAAUGAAGUGAGAAAGCUCGAUAUGGAGGCAGUUAAUUUCAUAGAUCAAAGUUUCAAAAUAUUAAGGUCUUCUGAAAUCGCCCUGGAUAUGCUCUUGAAGUUCAAACAUAUGGAGACGAGACAGGUGAUUCUGGACAGGUUGAUGAGUAAAUUUGAUGUGAUCUUGGAUCAGUUUAUGAAAGAAGUACUAGAAGUAGAUAAUAUAUUUACCAGAAAUCGCCGUCAUCCAAUUCUCUGCAGAAAUUUUCCGCCGAAAGGAGGAUCCAUAUAUUGGGUGAGAUUGAUGUUCCACAAACUGAAGAAGAUGAUUAUGAAAUUUCAAAAGGUUCCUGAACUUAUAUCAUCUAGAAUAAAAGACGACGCUUUCAGAAAUUAUCUCAAAGUUAGUAAAGCGUUGAUGGCCUUCGAACAGAGUAAAUUCGAUCAAUGGCAAGAAGAGAGCACAUCCUCUGUCGAGAAGGCCAUGCAAAUGGAUAUUCUGAAAGUUUCAAGUCUUCUGUUCAAAAAAGGCGUCGAUGAUGAUUUGAGAAUGGAUGAUAUGAAGACAAAAACAUCCAAACAGAGCUCUAGUAUUCAACCGAUGAAACCUUCAACAAAACAGAGUUGGGUACAAAGUUCUUCAUCUGCACCAAAAGGUUUGAAAUUCUCCAUUGUUGCUUCGACGCUAAAAUGGUUGAUGUCCGCAAAAAGCACAAAUAUGCUUAUGGAUAAAAUGAAAUCAUUAAAAAGCUUAACCUGGCAUGAGGUUAUGGGGGACAAUAUAAUGGCCGAACAAAACCUAGAAUUCUCUUUGAAUUUCGACUGGGAGAUCUUCAAUUAUAUAAAAGAGGGAUGUAUCAUGGAAUACUUCGGUUACAUGCUACCUACAGAUGUAAGAAUGGUUGCCAUCCAAAAAGAUAGACUUCAGAGUGACGUACAGGCCAUAACUGAUAUGAUUGAAGCUUACAAUGAUGUAACCACAAAAUUAACAUCACCGCAGAUGAACUUACUGAAAGAAGAGAUAAAGGAGGUGGAACUUUAUAUUCAACAAGGUUUGAGUAGAAUAAAUUGGAGAUCUCUCGGAAUAUCAGAUUAUGCUAAGAACUGCGUUUUGAAAAUUAAUAACCUCAAAACUCUUUUCUCUCAAAUAGAAUAUAUUGAGGCGGAUAUUGACAAACGUAUCAAGAAACUAUCCAAUUUCAACUUGUUUGAUUUUGUAACGGUAGAAGAAAACACCUUGCGUUUACCCUGCAAACAAUUCUUCAAUUCUAUUGUUGACUUACGAACUGAGCGUUUGAACGAAAUGAUUAAUAUUUAUGAAACCUUUGGCCCUAUACUUAUAAAAGUGGAAUACCUGGUGCUUAAGACGAAUACUGGUAUGGCUCCGCAGAUGGCAGCUUAUUAUCACUAUUGGGAAAAUGAAAUCUUUCAAACCUUAAUCACAAUGAUUGUGAGAAACCUGGAAACAUUCACAUCUAAACUUGCAGCAAAAGUUCUUCUUUUCCAAGUUGAUGCUGUAGUACAAUUACCGGAAGUGAUAUUAUAUCCCACAGCUCCAGAAAUUUAUAAUACUAUUGUUAGAAAUGCCAAAGAUUUUCUGGACACUCUCAAAUCAUUUACAAGAUGGAUGGAUCGAAUGUGCAAACCUUGCAAACCAAUCAAGAUUUCAAAGAUGGAAGAAUUCACCUAUACAUUUUACGACGAUAUCAUUAAAAUUCCUGAUAUCAAUGACUUAGUUACAAAACUUCAGGAAACCUCACAUAAAACAAUAUACCAAGUACAUAGAUAUGUUCAGAAAUGGCGGAGGUAUAAGAGUCUUUGGAGUUUCGAUAAAGAAGUAACCUGUUUGGGUUGGGUACAAAAACAUAAUCUUCUGGAAGAUUUCGAUGACAAAUUCAGUUUUUACCAAAAUAUUCGAGUCAAAAUGGAAGAACAGGAAUAUCUUAUACCCAUCUGUUCUAUUCAGUUAAAUUUGCAACCUCUUUUGAUAGAGAUAGGAAAACAUUCUCUAGAGUGGAAAAUGAUAUUGGGAAGACAACUGGAAGAAAGAACUUUUGCUGCUAUGGAAGAACUCAGGGAUACAAUAUCGGAAUUGAGAGUACUCGUAAACCAGAAUAUCAAAGGAUUGGAUAAGUUCAAAUCAGUGAUGCAAGCAAUUGGGAUUAUAACGAAGAAAAACUUGCACGCCGAAUUGGAAUAUCUCGAUUUCCAAGAAACAUAUGGUGUAUUGAAACAACACCAGUUACCAUAUGAUCCUGAACAUGAAGAAUUAGCGUACAAAUUAGAAAAAGAUUGGAAAUCGCUAUUUAUAACAGCCUUAUAUAGGGAGCAGAAACUUGAAAGUACUAAAGAGAGAUUCGCCUUGAUUACUUUGAAUCAAAUAAAUGAUUUUUGUAAGUUGCUGUCAGAGUUUGUGAGGAGAUUUAAUCAGGAAGGACCUGGGUCAGUAGGUGAAGAUCUUGAUAGAGGUGUGGACCUUAUGGAGGAAUAUGAGAGGUUAUUCAUUGAAUUUGAAGAGAGACGACAAGAGCUACUUCAAGCAGAAAUGUUAUUCGAUAUUCCUCUAGCAGACUACAGUGAAUAUCUCAAAGCAAAGGACCAUUACGAUGGUAUGGAGUUAGUGUACAGAAUUUACAAGAAUCAGAAACAUGCAAGAGAAAUUUGGGGAAAAACAUUGUGGGCUAACCUCAACCCCCAAGCUCUCGUCGACGGCAUGGAAAAUUUUGUCAAGGACUUUAAAAAGCUACCAAGGGUGGUCAAAAAUUUGCCAGUUGGGGUAACUCUUGAAAAUAAAAUGAAAAUGUUCAAGAACAGUGUUCCCUUAAUGGUUUCUUUGAAAAAUGAGGCUCUUCGAGAGAGGCACUGGAAACAAUUGAUGGUGAAGACAGGAAUUGAAUUUGAUAUGGCUCCUGACAGAUUUACUUUGGACAAUAUGUUCUCUAUGGAGUUACAUAGGUACCAGGAUAUAGCUGAAGAAAUUAUCACCAAUGCUAUAAAAGAAUUAGCCAUAGAAAAAGGAGUAAAAGAAAUUGUCGAUAUAUGGGCAUCUAUGGCAUUCAUAAUUGUGAAACACUCUAAAGGAAGUGAAGAUAGGGGAUAUCUCUUAGGUCCAGUAGAUGAAAUAAUGCAAGUACUUGAGGAUAACUCCAUGAAUUUACAAAGUAUGGCAGGAUCUCAAUUUGUUGGACCAUUUUUACCAGUGGUUCAGAAAUGGGAAAAAAAUUUGUCAACUAUCGGAGAGGUUAUCGAUGAAUGGUUACAAGUUCAACGGAAAUGGUUAUAUCUGGAAGGAAUAUUUGUUGGAGGUGACAUCAGGGUGCAACUUCCAGACGAAGCAAAAAAAUUCGACGAUAUAGAUAAAGCAUUCAAGAAAAUUAUGGCUGAUUCUGCAAAGAAACCAUUGGUAUGCGACUGUUGCUUAGUUGCUGGGCGUUUAUCAGAAUUCCAAAUGCUGAGCUUAGGAUUAGAUAAGUGUCAAAAAUCUCUAAACGAUUACCUGGAUUCAAAACGAAGACGUUUUCCAAGAUUUUAUUUUAUUUCGACAGAGGAACUACUAUCGAUUUUGGGAAGUAGUGAUCCUUACUGCGUACAGGACCAUAUGAUCAAAAUGUUCGAUAAUAUUAAAUCCUUACGAAUAGCUCCUGAUAAUCAGGAUCGAUUAGUAGCUAGCGCUAUGAUUUCGGCUGAAGCAGAAGUAAUGGAAUUUAGAAAUGCUGUUUUUGUAGCUGGUAAAGUUGAAGAUUGGAUGAAUGAUGUACUGUGGGAGAUGAGACGAUCUAAUCGGUUCAUAACUAAGGCUGGUAUUUUCUAUUACGGAAAAAUUCGGAGGCCUAGAUGUGAAUGGAUGUUGGAAUAUUUGGGAAUGGUGUGCUUAGCAGGCAGUCAAGUAUGGUGGACUGCAGAGGUUGAAAACGUGUUUGCCAAGAUCAAGAAAGGAAAUAAGAGAGCUAUGAAAGAAUAUUUGACUCAGCUCAAUUCCCAACUAGACGAAAUCGUAGUUAGUGUAAGAGCAGAUCUUACCCCAAACACAAGAUCAAAAAUGAGAACAAUAGCUAUUAUAGAAGUUCAUGCAAGAGACAUUAUUGAAGGUUUCGUCCGGGAUAGUGUAACCGAUGCUCAAGAGUUUGAGUGGGAAAGCCAGCUACGAUUUUACUGGGUCAACCACCUCGAUAAUCUGUAUGUUAAUCAGUGUACAGGUUCUUUUGAAUAUGGUUAUGAGUACAUGGGUUUGAAUGGUAGAUUAGUAAUAACAGCUUUAACUGAUCGUAUAUAUUUGACCAUUACACAAGCUCUGAUUAUGCAUAUGGGGGGAGCUCCAGCAGGCCCUGCUGGAACUGGAAAAACAGAAACAACGAAAGAUUUAGCGAAAGCUUUAGCACUACUUUGCAUUGUCACAAACUGCGGAGAAGGUAUGGAUUUCAAAGCAAUAGGUACCACUUUGGCAGGUCUUGUUCAGUGUGGUGCAUGGGGUUGUUUCGACGAGUUCAAUAGGAUCGAUAUUUCUGUAUUAUCAGUGAUUUCAACUCAACUGCAAACUAUCCGCAGUGCUUUAAUGAAUAGAGUUGAUAAAUUUAUGUUUGAAGGAGCUGAAAUAAGUAUGGAUCCUAAGGUUGGUAUAUUCAUUACUAUGAAUCCAGGUUACGCUGGUAGAACAGAGUUACCAGAAUCAGUUAAAGCUUUAUUCAGACCAGUUGUUUGUAUAGUACCUGAUAUGGAGAUGAUUUGUUUGAUAUCCUUGUUUUCGGAUGGAUUUUUAGAGGCUAAGGUUUUAGCUAAGAAAAUGACCGUCCUUUAUAAACUAGCAAGGGAACAAUUAUCAAAACAGUUUCAUUAUGACUGGGGUCUCAGAGCUCUGAAUGCUGUAUUACGAAUGGCUGGUGUUUUAAAGAGAGCCUCUCCUGAUAUAAAAGAAGCUUUAGUACUAAUGCGAGCGUUAAGAGAUAUGAACCAUCCAAAAUUUGUAUUUGAUGAUGUUCCUUUAUUUUUGGGUCUCAUCAGAGAUCUGUUCCCUGGUAUGGACUGUCCACGAGUAGGUUACCCUGACUUCAAUGCAGCUGUAGAAACGGCUCUUGCACGGAAACAAUAUAUCAUAUUACCUUAUCAAGUCGACAAAGUUGUUCAAUUUUAUGAAACAAUGAUGACCAGACAUUCUACAAUGCUAGUAGGGCCAACAGGUGGCGGGAAGUCUGUUGUUAUUCAUACUUUAGCUGAUGCACAAACGCUGAUGGGAUUACCUACCAAAAUUUACACAUUGAAUCCAAAGGCAUGUUCAGUUAUCGAAUUGUACGGAAUUUUGGAUCCAGCCACGAGAGAUUGGGUGGACGGUCUUCUUUCGAAUAUAUUCAGAGAAAUGAAUAAACCUACAGAAAAACAAGAGAGGAGAUAUAUUCUUUUCGAUGGGGAUGUUGAUGCAUUGUGGAUCGAGAACAUGAAUUCAGUUAUGGAUGACAAUAAGCUUUUAACAUUAGCUAAUGGCGAAAGAAUUCGUUUGCAAACUCCAAUUUGUGCUCUAUUGUUUGAAGUGGGAGAUCUGCAGUAUGCUUCCCCAGCUACUGUAUCAAGAGCCGGUAUGGUUUACGUCGAUCCCAAAAAUUUGGGAUAUCAACCUUACUGGGACAGAUGGAUUAAGACCAGGACUCAUCCAGCUGAUUUUGAGGCAUAUCAAGAAUUAUAUGAAAGAUAUGUCCCCGACUUAUUGAGUUAUAUUAUAGAAGGCACCUUAGCUAAUCGUCAAGUGGCUCCUCUGAAAACAGUCAUUCCUCAAACAGGUUUGAAUAUGGUAACUCAAAUGUGUUUUGUGAUAGAUGCUAUUUUACCUCAACCAGCUGAAGACGUCAGAACGCCAGACGAGCCAGCUGAUACAGAUCUAAUUGAAGCCGUAUUUGUGACAGCUCUCUACAAUUCUGUUGGAGCCGCGCUUUUAUCGGAUGGCAGGAAAGACUUUGAUGAAUUCAUAAAGAGUUUGUGUUCAAUGUUGAAAGCUGAAGAUACUAAAGAAGACCCUUGUGAUAUCCGCAAGUUGCCAACAGCCUAUCCCACUUUCUACGAUUAUUAUUUAGAUAUAGAAGAGAGAAAAUGGUUUGCUUGGGAUUGGCUUGUACCAGAGUAUAUCCAUGAUCCUGAAAAACGUUUCGCUGAAAUUUUGGUACCCACAAUUGAUACUGUUAGGACAACGUACGCACUGAAACUUAUGAAUCGUGUGAAGAGACCAAUUAUAUUGAUCGGUGAAACUGGUACUUCAAAAACAGCUAUAAUUCAAGAUUUUCUCAGAAACCUGGAUCAGGAAUUAUAUAUUAUAAUGAAUAUAAAUUUCUCUUCACGUACUACUUCGAUGGAUGUACAGAGAAACUUGGAAUCUUCUGUUGAGAAAAGAACAAAAGAAAUUUAUGGUCCACCGAUGGGAAAGAAAUUAAUUUGUUUCAUGGACGACUUGAAUAUGCCUCAAGUAGAUGAUUAUGGGACUCAACAACCAAUAGCCUUAUUGAAACUCCUAUUUGAACUAGGAGGUUUUUAUGAUAGGGGCAAAGACUUAAAUUGGAAAUCCCUCAGAGAUAUCUUUUAUUAUGCUGCAAUGGGUGUAGCUGGUGGAGGAAGAAAUGAGGUAGAUGCAAGAUUUAUGUCAAUGUUUACCGUAUAUAAUUUAAUAUUUCCAACCUCUGAAACUCUUCAACAUAUAUAUUAUAGAAUAUUAUCAGGACAUCUAAAUACAUUUCCGCCUGAAGUUCAAGUAGCUGACAAGUUGGUAGCGAUAACGAUCAAUCUGUACAAUUUAAUAAUUGUUCAGCUACCACCAACACCAAAAAAAUUUCAUUACAUAUUCAAUAUGAGAGAUCUUUCAAGAAUUGUAGCUGGCAUGUGCAUGACUAAACCUCAUCUAUACACAACUGUUCCUCAAAUUGUCAGAGUAUGGAGAAAUGAAUUCACCAGGGUAAUUUGUGAUCGACUUAUUAACGAAAAAGAUCAGGAACUCAUGAGGAAUUAUAUUAUAAAACAAAUACAAACAGAAUUUCCACCUCCUACAAAAGAAGUAGCUGCAGUACCAGAAGAAGAAGACGAAGAUUUUGCAUUCGUACCCGAAGAAGAAAAAACUGAAGAGCCCGAAGAAGAGCAAAUUGACGUGACCGAGUAUGCUAUGAGAGAUCCAUUACUUUUUGGAGAUUAUAGAAAUGCUGUGAAUGAAGAUGAGCCUAGAUGUUAUGAAGAUUUACUAGAUUAUGAAGCUAUUUAUUUUUUAUUUCAAGAAAUUCAUGAAGAAUACAAUGAAGUUAAGGAAAAACUACCGAUAGUUCUUUUUGAUGACGCAUUGGAACACUUAACGCGUAUACAUCGUAGUUUGAGGUUACAAAAAGGCCAUGUUAUGAUCGUUGGUGUAGGAGGUAGUGGAAAAUUAAGUUUGACAAAACUUGCAGCUUUCACGGCUGGUUGUGAUCUAUUCUCAAUUGUUCUCUGCAGAGGUUACAAUGAAGCUAUGUUCAAAGAGGAUUUGAAAGUGCUAUAUAAUAAAUUGGGCGUUGACAACAAGCCUACAGUAUUUUUCUUCGCAGCUGCUCAAGUUGUUGAAGAAGGUUUUCUCGAAUUCAUAAACAACAUUCUUAUGAUUGGUAUUGUGCCCUCACUCUUCACAGACGAUGACAAAGAUGCCAUUAUUGGAAAUUGUAGAAGCGCAGCAACAAAAGCUGGUUAUGGUGUCGCCAAAGACAAUGUAUGGCAAUACUUCGUCAAUACCUGUAACGAUAAUUUGCACGUGGUGCUCUCUAUGUCACCUGAAGGUGAAAUACUGAGCAAGAGAUGUAGAAAUUUUCCGGGCUUAGUGAACAAUACCACAAUCGAUUGGAUAUUUCCAUGGCCAGAUCAAGCUUUAUUUGCAGUAGCUUCUGUUUUUUUGAAAGAAAAUCCACGAAUACCUGAGGAUUAUCGAGCAACAAUAAUUGAACAUGUGGUGAAUUCACAUAAGGAUAUUAUGCACUUUACUCUCGAAUAUGCAUUGAGAUUAAGAAGGAAGAAUUAUGUCACUCCCAAACAUUACCUGGACUUCAUUCAGACUUAUUUAAGAUUAUUAGAUGAAAAAAAUGCAUUCAUUAAAAGCCAGUGUGAUAGAUUGAUGAGUGGAAUGUCUAAAAUCGAAGAAGCUAGUGGUGAAUUAGCUGUUUUGAACGAAAAAUUGGAAAAGCAGAAGGUAAUAGUUACUCAAGCUACAUUGGAAUGCGAAACUAUGCUUGUUGAAAUAGAUGCAGGGACGAAAAAAGCUACCGAGAAAAAAAAUAUUGCUUCUGUUCGAAGUACUGAAAUCGAAGAGCAGGCGCAAGUUAUCAGUGUAGAACAGGGAGAGGCAGAGGAAGCCCUUGCGGAAGCAAUGCCUGCGCUUGAAGCAGCCAGAAUUGCGUUAGAGGAUCUAGACAAGUCUGAUAUCACAGAAAUAAGAUCUUUUGCCACACCACCAGAGGCCGUGCAAGUAGUUUGUGAGUGUGUUGCAAUAAUUAGAGGAUAUAAAGAAAUAAAUUGGAAAACUGCUAAAGGUAUGAUGGCUGAUCCAAAUUUCUUAAGAACUUUACAAGAGAUGGAUGUCAAUAACAUCACUCAGGCACAACAAAGAGCUGUGAGAGCUCAUAUGAAAAAAUCUUCGAAAUUGAACGAUAUGGCUUCUAUUUCUAAGGCCGGCUUUGGCUUGCUCAAAUUUGUUUUAGCUGUUUUAGACUAUUGCGUUGUUUACCGUGAAGUGAAGCCUAAAAAAGAAAGAGUAGAAGAGCUUCAAAAAGAAUAUGAUACAGCCAAGAGAAAUUUGGAGAAAUUAUACAAUGAAAUAGCAAAACUAGAGGCGGAUCUUGCUAAGUUGAAUGAAAAAUACGAAGCUGCUUUGAAACGACGCCAAGAAUUACAAGAGGAAACUGAUAUCAUGAUGAGAAGAUUGAUAGCUGCUGACAAAUUGAUCACAGGGCUAAGUUCUGAGAAGGCAAGAUGGACUGAAGACUUGAAAGGGCUGCAUCUGGAAAAGGAAAGACUCAUAGGAAGUUGUUUGUUAUCUUCUGGAUUUUUAGCUUACUGUGGACCUUUCACUUAUGAAUUUCGUAGGGACAUAGUAUAUAUGAAAUGGUUGGAUGCUAUAGUUUCCAAAGAAAUUCCAUUAACUCAACCAUACAGAAUUGAAACGAACUUAUCCAGUGAUGUAGAAGUGAGUGGGUGGAACUCUGAAGGGUUACCUCCAGAUGAGCUGUCUGUGCAAAAUGGCAUACUUACAAUGAAAAGCUCAAGGUUUCCUCUUUGUAUUGAUCCACAACAACAAGCCAUUAAUUGGAUUAAAAAAAAAGAAGAGCAGUUCAACCUCAAAGUUCUCAGCUUCAGUGAUAGCGAUUUUCUGAAACACUUAGAUAUGGCAAUAAAAUACGGAUCCCCGGUUAUUUUUCAAGAUGUUGAUGAUUACAUCGAUCCGGUGGUGAUCAAUGUUAUUUCAAAAAAUAUUAAGACUGUAUCCGGUAGAGUUUUCGUUGUGUUGGGGGACAAAGAGGUUGAUUGGGAUCCCAACUUCAGACUCUACAUGACUACUAAAUUCGCCAAUCCAUUAUUCAAUCCAUCGGUUUACGCCAUAGCGAGUGUUAUCAAUUAUACAGUUACUUUAUCAGGAUUAGAAGAUCAGCUAUUGAGUGUUGUGGUGCGAAAUGAAAGACCUGAUCUAGAGGAACAGCGAGAAAUGCUCAUAUCCGAAACGAGCGUAAAUAAAAAUUUGCUGCAACAACUUGAGGACUCUUUAUUGAGAGAAUUAUCGACAACUACUGGAAAUAUGUUGGACAAUGUGGAAUUAGUCGCUACAUUAGAAAACACUAAAAGUAAAGCUGGAGAGGUAAUGGAAAAACUCGAGUUGGCUGUUGAAACUUCGAAAGAUAUUGAUAGACUGAGAGACGGCUAUAGAUCCGUUGCUAAAAGAGGAGCCAUUUUAUUUUUUGUUAUGGCUGACAUGGCUGCAGUUAAUGCGAUGUACCAAUAUUCUCUGGGAUCUUAUCUCGAGGUAUUUGCAUACUCGUUAAGAAAAGCUCUACCGCACACUGUACUGUUGAAAAGGUUAGGUAAUAUUAUCAAUAACCUCACAAAAAAUGUAUAUGAUUAUGGAUGCACUGGGAUAUUUGAGAAACAUAAACUAUUAUAUUCAUUUCAAAUGACUUCCAAAUUGGAAAAAUAUGAAAAUAAUAUAUCCCAGAUGGAGUUGGAGUUUUUCAUUAAGGGCUGUAUCAGUUUAGAGAAGUCGGAAAGACAAUGCCCAGCAACAUUCAUAUCACAACAGGGCUGGGAAGAUAUAAUGAAGCUCUCUAGUGAUUUUCCAGUGUUCAAUACUCUCCCAGAUGAUAUUUCUAGAAAUGUAACUGAGUGGAAGGAUUGGUACGAUUUGGAUGCUCCUGAAACUGUUCCCUUUCCUGUUGGAUAUUCGGACAAAGUGAACCCUUUUCAGAAACUGCUCCUCUUGCGAUGUUUCAGAGUUGAUCGAGUAUUCAGAGCAGUUGGAGAUUACAUAACAGAAACUAUGGGAGAGGAAUAUAUCAUGCCACCUGUUAUCAGUUUCGAUAACAUUUUCGAACAGAGCAAUCCCACAACACCUGUCAUAUUCAUUUUAAGUCCAGGUUCUGAUCCAACUGCUGAAUUGAUGAAGUUGGCUGAUAGAUAUGGAUUUGGCGGUGGAAAGUUUAAAUACUUAUCUCUUGGACAAGGUCAAGAGCCUAUAGCUGUAGGUUUACUCGAUACUGCAAUUAGUAGAGGACAGUGGCUGAUGUACCAGAAUUGUCAUCUGCUCCUCACAUUCAUAAGAACGCUUGAAAAACACUUAGAAAAAGUGAGUAAACCACAUCCCGACUUCCGAUUGUGGUUAACGACCGAUCCUGUAAACGCCUUUCCGAUCGGUAUGCUGCAAAGAUCCCUCAAAGUUGUAACAGAACCUCCGAAUGGUUUGAAAUUAAAUCUACGCAAUACUUACUUCAAAAUGAGAGUUCAAACACUAGAAACCUGUAACCAUGAUAUGUUUAAGCCAUUAAUAUAUGUCCUAGCCUUUUUCCAUGCAGUGGUUCAAGAAAGAAGAAAAUACGAUAAGAUAGGAUGGAACGUUUCAUAUGAUUUUAAUGAAUCUGAUUUCAACGUUUGCGUUACGAUUUUGGACACUUAUCUGACGAAAGCGAAAAAUCUGAAAGAUACCAGAAUACCCUGGGGAAGUUUGAAGUAUUUAAUUGGAGAGGUGAUGUAUGGAGGGAGGGUAAUCGAUGAUUUUGACAGAAGGAUAGUGAAAAUAUAUAUGGAUGAAUACAUGGGCGACUUUCUUUUCGAUACAUUCCAACCUUUUCAUUUUUACCACGAUGAAAGUGUCGAUUAUAUUAUUCCUCCCAGUGGUGUGAAGGAUGAUUAUAUAGCUUUCAUAGAUGAACUUCCUUUGACGAAUAGUCCGGAAAUUUUUGGUUUACAUCCGAAUGCUGAAAUUGGAUACUAUACACAAGCCACUAAAGAAAUGUGGAGGAUACUAAUUGAACUACAGCCUCAAUCAGCUUCCACUGGAGAGGGAAUUAGUCGAGAAGAGUUCAUAGAAAUUGUGGCUAACGAUGUUUUGAAAAAAAUACCAGACGAAUAUGAGAUUUGGAAGGUUAAAAGGGCUUUUCAAAGAGUUAUGUCGCCAACAAUUAUCGUUUUACUCCAAGAAUUAGAGCGUUUCAAUAAACUCAUUACUACAAUGAGAAGGACUCUACAGCAAUUACAAAAAGCUUUAGCUGGCGAGAUUGGUAUGGACAGUAUCUUAGACAAUGUCGCUUAUUCCCUUUUCAACGGUCAGUUGCCAGAUCCUUGGAGGAAGCUUGCACCUGCCACUUGUAAGAAUUUGGGAGGCUGGAUGGAGCAUUUCGAAUCCAGGCAGGCACAAUAUUUUCAAUGGUCAACCACUGGGGAACCACCUGUACUUUGGAUUUCUGGACUUCAUAUCCCAGAAACUUAUUUGGCGGCUUUGGUGCAAAUUGCUUGCCGUGUUCAUAAUUGGCCUUUGGAUAGAUCGACUCUUUACACAAAUGUAACCCAAUUCGUCGAACCUGCAGAAAUCACCAUGAGACCACCUACGGGAAAUUGUUUUGUUCAUGGACUUUUCUUGGAAGGUGCUGGUUGGGAUGUAGAAAAUAGCUGUUUGAGAAAAUCCCAUCCUAAGGUACUGGUAGAGAAACUUCCUGUACUAAGUGUGAUUCCCAUUGAGGCACACCGACUGAAAUUACAAAAUACUUUGAGGACUCCAGUUUACACUACUUCACAAAGACGAAAUGCAAUGGGAGUUGGUCUUGUUUUUGAAGCAGAUCUUUUCACUGCUGAACACAUUAGUCAUUGGAUACUACAAGGGGUUAGUUUAAUGCUAAAUACAGAUUGAUUAUAGUCAUAAGAAUAUAUUAUUUUAAUUUU